CCCAUUCUUUCUUUCUUUCUUUCUCUCUCUCCUCCCUGUCUCUUCUUCAGACGCUGGUUUUGGAGUGUAGUAAAGAGAAACUCAAGAUUCUUGAAUUAACGGUGGAUCCUUACCAGGAAAUUCUCCAGCUUUGGAUUGAUUCAACAUUCAUUCAUGGAGGAAACUAUUCACCUGAAAAUGGGUCAGUCAUAGAUCCAUCCAAUCCAAGAAACAACAAGUAAUAUACCUUGGAAAGAUGUCGAAUUCACUAUACUAUCAACCGAUUCAAGAUUUCGAUGGAUAUUAUUCACCUCAAUUCCAAACUUCAUCUCACCAGAUUUACUAUAAUAACAAUCUCGCCGGCGGCAACACCUUUUCCGGCCAAACAACAACAAGUUUCUUCCUUAAUGGUAAUUCCAUGUUAAAGCAAGAACCGCAGAAUUCGCCGGAUAAUUACAGUUCCUGUGUUACUGACGACGCCAACGAAUUCAUACACAAACUAAGAGAAUUAGAAACUGUAAUGCUUGGACCCGACUCAGAUAAUCUGGAAGACGAUUACAAUAACACUGAAAUCGAUAGCUGGAGACGAGUGGUGGAGGCGAUCCAACCUCCCGAACGCGAUCUCAAAAGGGUUUUAAUUUCUUGCGCUCGAGCGAUAUCAGAUGGAAACCUAAUCGCAGCCGAAUCUUUAAUCUUUGAUCUCCGACAAAUGGUUUCUGUCUCCGGUGAACCAAUCCAACGGUUAGGAGCUUACAUGUUGGAAGGCCUCGUUGCUCGUUUAUCCUCCUCCGGUAGCUCGAUUUACAAAUCGUUAAUUUCAAAAGAACCGGCUAGAAAAGACCUUCUCUCGUACAUGCAUGUCUUGUACGAGGUUUGCCCCUAUUUCAAAUUCGGUUACAUGUCGGCCAACGGCGCCAUAGCUGAAGCCACGAAAACCGAAAAAAAUGUUCACAUAAUCGAUUUCCAAAUCAAUCAAGGAAGUCAAUGGGUAACGUUAAUCCAAGCGUUUGCGGGGCGACCCGGCGGGCCACCCCGAAUCCGAAUAACCGCAAUCGAAAACGACCCGACUUCCACCCGUCAAGUCGGGAAGAGACUAGCCCAUCUCGCGAAAUCGUUCAAAGUCCCGUUCGAAUUUCACUCGGUUGUAGACCUAUCCGCGAUCGCCAUCCGCACUGGCGAGACGAUCGCGGUGAAUUUCGCAUUUGUUCUCCAUAGGAUGCCUGACGAGAGCGUUCUCGGGACGGAUAACCAUCGGGAUAGGGUGUUGAGGACGGUUAAGAGUUUGUCUCCGAAAGUUGUUACGUUAGUGGAGCAAGAAUCGAAUACGAACACGUCGGCGUUCUUUCCUAGGUUUAUGGAGUGUUUGGAUUAUUACACGGCGAUGUUUGAAUCGAUUGAUGUUACUUUGCCGAGGGGGCAUCGAGAAAGGAUUGAGGUUGAACAACAUUGUUUGGCUAGGGAUGUUGUGAAUGUGAUUGCUUGUGAAGGGAUGGAAAGAGUUGAGAGGAAUGAGUUGCUUGGGAAGUGGAAAUUGAGGUUUAGAAUGGCUGGUUUUUGUUCUUAUCCUUUGAGUUCUUUGGUUAAUGGAACUAUAAGGACAUUGUUGAGGAAUUAUAGUGAUAAGUAUAGGCUUGAAGAAAGAGAUGGUGCUCUUUUUCUUGGUUGGAAAGAUAGAGAUUUGGUUGCUUCUUGUGCUUGGAUGUAGAUCAUGAUUAUCAUUUCAUGUUUUUAAUCUCUUUCAAAGAAUUAUGUUUUCUUUUCUCA